AUGCUGUCCAAGAGCCUGAUGUCGUUGCUGUCGUUGGUUGUGGUUGUUGCUGUUGUUGCUGUCAGCGCCAGACCUAGCCCAGACAGCUAUGACACGGAUGACUGGUUCGACCACCAGGUUGAUGGAAGAAACGACGAUUAUUUGGACUGGCUGGACGACAAGUACGACGACUACUACGACACGGAUAGCUACCGCGAUCAGAAGUUCCACCUCUUUCUGACCAUCACCAAAUCUCUGAGGAGUGCGGAGUUUGACAGCGUCUCACUCAGCAGGCUCUACAAGACAUUCCUCAGGGGUGUCUUGAGCAAGCGUUACAGGGGAGGUAAACACGACUACGACUUGAGGCACUACGACUCGGAUCACCAUGACGACAGUGAUGAAUGGGACGAUUACUUCGACGAAGAUGACUUCCAUUACAGGUAUGACGACGACCUCAAGGAGGAAAAGACCAAGAAGCUCUUCAUGUACUAUUUGAAGUUCAGGGCCCACUACCAGGCUCAGAAGGAGAUAGAGCGCAUCGUCAAACAUAAGGAGGAGAAAGCCAGAAAACAAUUCGCUUUAUUCUCAGAGCUGGUUUCCUUUGUAGAGAAGACGAGGGUUCAACAUGAUAUAGCUGAAAAAUUCUCCAAGUUUGUUGACCUGAAGCUGAAGCCCAAGUUUGACUCCUUCAAGAAGUGCUUCUACCAUGAGCAGUGCGACAAGGACGACUACCACGACUUCGAUGCCUACAGAUCUGGAGAAUUCAAGCAAUGCUUCAGCAUGGUUGGCGGUAAAGACUACGAGGACGACGGUAAACAUUUCGAACUGUUCCUGAAGCUCUACAAGUCGGUGAGACUGAUCUCCCACUCCAGUGACAGCCAUGAGGAGGACGACAGUUUCCCAGACUGGGACUUCCACAACGACCAUCACGACGAUGAUGACCACCAUUAUGAUGACGACGAUGACGAUGAGUGGAAGGACAAACAUCCUAUCUACCGGUAUUUUGCUUACCUCCACAAACACCUGUACAACAACAACCCGCUGGAUGUCUUGGACAAGCAGAGAAACUACAAGGACCCAUCCUAUGACAAAUUCUUGUUUUUCGCUAUAAGGGCUUACAAGGAACUGAAGGACGAGAAAGCCAUGAAGGACAGACAGGAGAAGCUGGAGGCAAUCUUCGCUCACUUCCUGAGGUUUAUCACACACCAGGAGGACAAUGUCAGAACAAACAGCGCCUUUUACAAGUUCCAGAAGUGGCGAGAAGUUAGGGAUCACAAAGAGAAACUUGACGAGUUUGCCGCUUCUCUCAGGAAGGUGUCCCAGCUGAAAGGCUCAGAUGCUCUAUGGGCUGGAAAGGAUGAUCUGCUUCAGAAGUUUGACCACUUCUUUGAACACAAGAAACAUGAUUACAGAGAAGACAGCUACGAGCAGAAUUACCGUGAUUACCCAUUCUCGACAUAUGGCUACAGAAAGCAAAGACCAUACUGGAAUAGAAAAGACUGGUAA